AUGUACCUGAUCACUGUGUUGGGAAACCUGCUCAUUGUUCUGGCUGUCAGCUCAGACUCCCACCUCCACACCCCCAUGUACUUCUUCCUCUGCAACCUGUCCUUGGUAGACAUCUGUUUCACCUCCACCACCGUCCCAAAGAUGCUGGUGAACAUCCAGACACAGAGAAAAGUCAUCACCUAUGAAGGCUGCAUCACCCAGAUGUAUUUUUUCAUACUUUUUGCUGGGUUGGACAACUUAAUCCUGACUGUAAUGGCCUAUGACCGGUUUGUGGCCAUCUGCCACCCCCUGCACUACAUGGUCAUCAUGAAUCCCCGGCUCUGUGGACUGCUGGUUCUGCUGUCCUGGAUCAUGAUUGUCUCCUUAUUUUAUGGCACAGCCCUAGGAGUGUAUCUCAGCUCUGCUGCUACCCAAAGCUCACACUCAAGUGCAGCAGCCUCGGUGAUGUACACUGUGGUCACACCCAUGCUGAACCCAUUCAUCUAUAGUCUCAGGAACAAGGACAUAAAGAGGGCCCUGGAAAGAUUCCUUGGCAGUAUAUGGUUCCACCACCAGUCAGUUCUUCAGGCCUUAAACGGGGAUGUCAUCUUGUCCAUAAGGCAUUCUAACCUUGUUCCAAAUGGCCUUUCUGACAUCGUCUCCUUCUUUCAUCCUGUCUUGGCCUUCCUUUUCUUCUUGGAAGCUUAG